AUGCCAAUCGAUCUAUCAUCAACAACAAAAAAUCCAUUAGACUUUUGGAAGCGUCAUUCGAAAAAGUUUCCUUUAUUAUGUAAAUUAGCGAAACGUAUUUAUUCAAUACCUGCAACGUUAUGCAAUGUAGAACGUGAAUUUUCGAGUGCUGGGCUGAUUAUAAAUCAACGAAGGACAAAUAUCAAUCCUGAACAAAUCGAAAACAUUCUAUUUAUAAGAUCAGUACAAAAACUGCAGUUUCUUUUUAUAAGUGUAUCAUUUUUAUAA